GUCUGUCUGUCAGCCCACCAUGCUUAAACCACUGAGCUGUGGGCUACUCGCCAGCUUUGUGCUUCUCUGCAACACUGCUCCCACUCCCACGGAGAGGCAUGGAGGCUCAGACGUCAAAUGUCCUCUGACAGUGAAAAUACUGGACGCAGUGAAGGGAACACCAGCUGGUCCAAUGCCCCUGAAGGUGUUUAGGAAGGGUGCUGAUGGGGUUUGGACGCAGAUUGCUACUGGAAUCACAGAAAAUGAUGGCGAGAUCCAUAAUCUGAUAACAGAGGAGGAAUUCCCAGCAGGAGUGUACCGGGUUGAGUUCGAUACGAAGACUUACUGGAAAAACGAGGGCUCCACGUCCUUCCAUGAAGUAGCUGAUGUUGUCUUCGAGGCCCAUUCUGAGGGACAUCGACAUUACACCUUGGCCUUACUGCUCAGCCCCUUCUCCUUCACAACCACGGCCGUCAUCAGCGACGUACACCACUGA